CUCUCGCUCAAAAUACCAGGAAAAGAGAUCUCCAAAGAGGAGGACAAAACACCCAAGACGCGAGCAGCUACCGCAGAGCGACGGGAACCCAAACUCAAACGGCCCUUCCCAAAGAAAAGGGAGGAGAUCAAGGACCCAAACAAAAUGAAGCUCACGAGACACUACACUACAAACGAUCCUACGCCGCUAUCAAAACUACCCGUCAUAAGACCACCCAUCGCAAGAUCUAUCCCCGUCGAAAAACUGCUAGAAAGCCUCUCAGUCCCAGAUCCUACCAAAAAUGCAGACGACACCAAAAGAAUCCGACUAGCGACACAAACUAGGCGCGACGAGAGGCAGAAUGAGAUGUUAAAGCAAAACAAAAGCAUCACAGAGAGCGACUACGCCAUCAGACUAGCAUGGUCUUGCUUCUCGUCCAACGAGAAAGAUCGAGUGGGUCGGGAGCGCAUGGGGAUGAUGAUAUCAGGCCUUGAGUGGGACGACCUUGCGAAUGAGAAGAAAGGCGUACCGAACAACUUGCCCGAGUGGAGGAAGACGAAUACAGGCCGGUUCGCCAAG